AUGACAGCGGCAAGUCCUCAUCGUACUCUGAUCGUCGACUUUUACAAGCGAGGUUUAAGCACAGGAGACAUUUCUAAACGACUCGGAGUGCACCGAAACACGGUUUUCGCGACCAUCCGUCGUUUCAACCAGCUUGGCCACCUCAAGGACCGUACGGGAAGAGGAAGACCGAGGACUGUAAGAACUCCAGCGAAAGUCAAGGCCGUCCGGGAGAAAGUCAGGCGAAAUGCUCAUCGUUCCAUGAAAAAGAUGUCAGAUGACAUGGAUAUCUCCUAUACAUCAAUGAGGAGAAUUGUCAGAAAAGAGCUGAAGAUGACCUCUUAUCGACAUGGUUCAUAUGUGUUGCCCUGGGGAUAA